AUGCAGAGAACAUUAUACAGGCACACCAGUAGCACGCUGAUGCAGGGAGUGCGCCAGAGGCUCGGCGGCUACGCGGGUCUGGGAAGCCAGCGCAUCGGGUUUGUCGGCGCGCUGCGGUUCGCAUCGAACAUCCCUUCAAUGCAGAAGGGUGUUAUCUUCUACGAGCACGGCGGCGAGUUGCACUACAAGGACUUGCCUGUGCCCAAACCUAAGCCUAACGAGAUUCUAAUAAACGUCAAGUACUCUGGGGUGUGCCACACAGACUUGCACGCCUGGAAGGGAGACUGGCCUCUUGCCGUCAAGCUUCCCCUGGUCGGUGGCCACGAGGGUGCCGGUGUAGUCGUUGCCAAGGGCGAAAACGUCACAAACUUUGAAAUCGGCGAUUACGCCGGUAUCAAAUGGCUCAAUGGCUCGUGUAUGAGUUGCGAAUUGUGCGAGCAGGGCAAUGAGCCCAACUGCGAGCACGCAGAUCUUUCUGGUUACACGCACGACGGUUCCUUCCAGCAGUACGCCACUGCGGACGCUGUGCAGGCGGCUCAAAUCCCCAAGGGCACUGACCUCGCACAGAUCGCCCCUAUUUUGUGCGCCGGUGUUACCGUCUACAAGGCCUUGAAGACUGCGGAUGUCAGACCCGGCCAAUGGGUUGCCAUCUCCGGCGCAGCUGGUGGAUUGGGGUCUCUGGCCGUCCAGUACGCCAAGGCAAUGGGCUUGCGUGUCCUUGGUAUCGACGGUGGUGAGGACAAAAAGAAGCUCUUCCACGACUUGGGCGGUGAAACCUUCAUCGACUUCAGAACCACUAAGGACAUGGUGGGCGCGAUCCAAGAAGCCACCCAAGGUGGCCCCCACGCUGUUAUCAAUGUUUCCGUUUCCGAGGCUGCUAUCUCCAUGUCAACUGAAUACGUCAGACCUACGGGCUCUGUCGUUUUGGUUGGUUUACCAGCUAACGCAUACGUGAAGUCCGAAGUGUUUUCGCAUGUGGUCAAGUCCAUUUCUAUCAAGGGAUCCUACGUGGGUAACCGUGCGGACACUAGAGAGGCUAUCGAUUUCUUUGCGAGAGGUCUUGUGAAAGCUCCCAUCAAGAUCAUUGGUCUUUCGGAACUACCUGAAGCCUACAAGCUGAUGGAGGCUGGCAAGAUUCUCGGCAGGUACGUGGUUGAUACCGAAAAAUGA